GAUCCUCGCUUUGUGGAACACUUUUGGCACACUCUUAUUUUACUAGACAACCGUUAAGGGGAUAAGAGUUUUCCCCCACUCCCAAGUUUUCGGCAUGUUUACAAACCAAAACUGAACGAAGGUUAGUGUUUGACAAGAAGUCUGUUGGCGCGUAAAUGGUGUUAUUCUUAUGUUUUACUGCCCUCGUUGACUUCCCUUUUCACCAAAAUGAUGAACACUGUGCAAGCUUUACUGCAGCGACAAAUGGGCAACGCCUUUCCUCGACAAUACGAUGUCGCUCUGAGCCGUCUGUGUGUCCACGUGAAAGACAACUGGAGAGGACUGUCGUCGUCAGUGUUGGACGGGGAGUAUGCGCUAAUUCCCCCGAUAUAUUCAGCAAAAUUUGCAAAUACUGCAAAUGCCGAGCACUUGUUGGCACUCGCCAAUGAGGAUGGGAAGAUUGCAAUUCACGAUACAGACAAGGUGCCCUUCGGUGAAGAGGCUGGCUAUCAACUGCCCGGCUAUCAGUGCCAUAAUAAUGCCGUGUGCGACAUUGCGUGGAUGCCAGGAGAGAUGAAGAUUGUAUCGGCGUCCAGCGACAGCAAAUCCUGCCUCUGGGAUGUCCAUCAGUCCGAUCUAGUGCACUUAAGAACCUUUACCGGGCACACGCGCAGCGUGAAGACUGUGGCUUUUCGCCAUGAGGAUUCAGCCGUGUUCGCCACGGGCGGCAGGGACGGUGCCAUCCUCAUCUGGGACACACGAAUCUCACCCAGUGUGGCGCACAUCCCUCGUGCCGAUAAUUGCAUCCUCAGCGGCCACGCUGAGUCGUAUGAGAGCCGCCUGAAAAAGUCUCACGUGGCAAAUGCGUGCAAAAGCAGCAUCACUGGCUUGGGCUUCCAGUAUGAGAAUACGCUGAUCUCGUGCGGUGCUGGAGAUGGUGUGGUAAAGGUGUGGGAUCUCAGGAGGAACUACACAGCGUACAAGAAGGAACCGCUGCCCAAACAUAGUCUUCCCUAUAGAGGCACAUCCACAUUCAAGGGAUUCACGAAUCUUGUCAUAGAUCCCAGAAGCUAUCGACUGUACGUGAGUUGCAUGGACAACACUAUUUAUUGCUACAAUAUCUCUUCGUACGAUCGGGAGCCGCUGCAAAGGUACAUAGGAUUCAAGAACAGUAGUUACUACAUUAGAGCUUGCCUCAGCCCUGAUGGACAGUAUCUCCUGAGCGGGAGCAGCGAUGAGAAGGCGUAUGUGUGGAAUGUGGAAAAUCCCCGUCCCGUGGUUACUCUCUCAGGCGAUGAGAGCUACUCUACGUCGCAGGAAGUGGAGGUGAGCUGUGUGGCGUGGAGUGGGACGCGGGAUUUCCGUUUGGUCACUUGUAGCGAUGAUGCUAGGCACAAGAUCUGGCGCGUGGGACCGAUAGAAAUUGAACCCUCAGCGAGAAACUACCGCGGAUGGGCGUAUUUGAAUCCCGAUUACGGCAAGAAAGUGAAGAAGAGCGUGAAAGGAACACCCAAAAUGUGGUGGAACAAUGGAAGCUGCACACCCAGCUCCAGUGGUCGCGUGGCUUUAAAGAGAACCUUCGCUGAACUAGAUGAUGACUUCGGAGAAGCUCGCUUCGGUGAUGCAAAGAGACUCCACAUUGAACCCCGAGGACGUCGGCUUUUUGCCACAGCUACCGUUGAGACGGAUAAUCCACCGCAUGAGCUGAAAUCUCCCGUGAAGAGCCCAACAAAGUCCUCUCCUCUGUCUGAACGCGUAAACGUUAUACAAUCUCCAGAAUCACCAUCCACAUCGCAUGUUCCAGUCCCACUCUUCUCGCCCACAUCCAAUCUGCCCAACUACGUCAUGGACGGCGAAGCGCCCCACUUGCGAAUCACCUCGCCGAAGCGAAAGUUGAAAGAGAACGUGGACUGGCUCACGAAGAUCCGCAAGCAGAAGCUUCAACAGGUGGCCUCGUCUCUCACGCUCACCUGUGGCGACGGCGGCUCUUCUCCACGUCCCUCUUCACCCGCCGCGGGUCCCAUGUCGCCCCGGAUCCAGUCCCUGCGCGACGGAGAAGCAACAUCACCGCAAUCCGGCACACCGAGACGCCGAAAGUCACGCUCAAGCUCCACCUCAGACCGUCCCAAGACGCCCAACAGCACCAGGAAUCCCUCCGAAUCCAUUCUGCGGUUUCUCACGCCCACCUCAUCGUCCGCGGGGCACAAGUGACACUGGUGUCCACAUUCGC